CUGAAGAAGCCAACUGCAUCCAGUAUAAUUAUACAAUGCAAAACUGCAACAGAUCACAGACAAGAGAAGAAAUUUUCACAUGUAGGGUUAAUGAACUAGAGGGCUAUGACCAGACAACAACACUGACUGUUUUCAUCCAACCUGCUGAAUGUAACGACACUCAAUAUGGGACUGGACGAGAAGAUGACACAGUGAGCGCAAGGUGUGAUGCAGGUCAAGAAGGGGAAAAGACUGCACGAUGUCAGAACGGACAGUGGAGACUUGUGCAAGACACAUGCAUUGUAGUACAAAUCAAGUUGUUAUUAAUUGAGUCGCAGGACCUGGUUGUGGAAACAGUGCCAGAAUUUGUUGGGAAUCUUAGUAAAGCCGUCAUGACAGACGCAGCACAAAUUUCCAAUUCAUCUGCUACAAUAUCCGCUAUUGUUGACAUCAUAAAUAACGUUGCAAAUGUAACCAUUGUUGUCAGUGAUGACAUCAUGGAGGGUGUACUAGAAACCAUUGAUGUCAUCAUUGGUGACGAUUCAAGAGAGUCCUGGUCGUUUCUGAAUUCAAAUCAAACCAGCAAUGUCAGCUCAGAACUGUUGGGUUCACUGGAGACGCUUUCCAAUGGACUGAAUGGGACAUUGACAAUCGAGACUCAACGGAUCCAACUCAACAGAACUGUAUUCAAUGAUUCUUUCAAUGCAAUGCUGAACUCCAGCGUUGCCAUAAAUAUUCCAAAUACCAACUUUUCCAAUGUGUUCAUCACCACUAUCAUUCUGUCCACGCUUAAUAAUGUUAUGCCAGCAAGGGACUCUACAUUUAAUGUCAGCCUCUUCAAUGCUACCACCAAUGAGACUGUCCCUGACAAUGCCAUCAAUGCUGCUGUGUUGCUUGUACAAAUAAGUGAAACAAUUUCAAACGUCACCCUGAGCUACAACAAGCUAAACGAAUCCCUGUCACUGCACCCACAGUGUGUCUUCUGGAAUUUUACACUUUUUGAUGACCUCGGUGCUUAUGAUGAGGGAUGUACAUUUGUUUCUGAUAUAAACAAUACGGUAACCUGCAGCUGCAACCAUCUGACAUCUUUCUCAAUUCUGAUGGCAACUAACAUCCCUCCAUCGAUAAGAUUCGCCUUGGAUUUGAUCACUUAUAUUGGAGUUGGGAUAUCUCUGGCAAGCUUAGUUAUAUGUCUUAUUAUUGAAGGGUACGUUUGGAAGGACAUCACCAGAAACAGCACUGCCUUCAUGCGUCACGUGUCCAUCAUUAACACCGCCCUGUCUCUGCUGAUCGCUGACAUCUGUUUCAUUAUUGGUGCUUCUUUCGCUAAGAACCCCCUCGAAGAUGCUGGAGAUGACUACACAGUUCCAGUUGGACCAUGUAGCACGGCAACAUUUUUCAUGCACUUUUUCUACCUUGCUCUGUUCUUUUGGAUGCUUGUGUCAGGCCUGCUGCUCUUUUACAGGAUAGUCAUGGUCUUUUCCCACAUCAAGUCAACCAUGUUGGCCAUCGGCUUCACUUUGGGUUACGGCUGCCCUCUGAUUAUAGCUGUUAUUACUGUUGCCGUCACAGCACCAGGAAAUGGAUAUAUAAGGGAAGACAAUGCUUGUUGGCUCAACUGGUUUGAGACAAAAGCCCUGUUGGCCAUGGUGAUACCUGCCUUGACCAUAGUUUUCAUUAAUAUUUUGAUCGUAAUCGUGGUCUUGUUCAAAAUGCUGAGAAGGGGUAUGGGAGACGCUGCCCAAACAGAUGAAAAACAUACCAUGGUGGUCAUUAUAAGAUGUGUGGCCAUCUUGACUCCUUUGUUUGGACUCACCUGGUCUUUGGGAGUGGGAACCAUGAUAUCGUCAACAGAUGUUGGAAUCCAUAUUGCCUUUGCAUUCUUCAAUUCGUUACAGGGUUUCUUCAUUCUUGUGUUUGGAACAUUAAUGGAUUCAAAGAUCCGUGCUAUUCUCUCAAGAAGCACCUCUACACCAGCCUCUGGCUCUAAUCAAACAAGGAGCACAAGUGGUGGCAUUUCCUCUUUCGGUGGGAUGAAUUUGAUAAACCGACUCCGUGGAAGAAGAGAUGUCUACCGUGUUUCAAAUGCUGCAAACUCCAGCAGCAACAACAGCGGUGUAUCAGACACAUUUAUUAGCGUACAUGAGUAGUGGCUCAGUAAUGAGUCAUUAAUUCUGCUAUAAAAACAGUCCAAAAGAAGGAAAACAAGUGUAAUAUAUCUGAAAUGUAAAGUACAGUCAAACAAUCGUGUGAAUGAAACUGUUAAAUAGCAUUUUUAAGAGCUGCCACUUGAAGCAGUGUUUUGUAACACUAAUGUUGGAACAAUGGCCAGAAUAGUUAGUAAAGAGCCUGUUAGAAGGUUACAACUUGUAAAAACUAUUGUCUGACUGCAGUUUCAUGACCGCAUGUUAGCAUGACUGUACCUUUAAACAGAAGCAGAUCAGGCUUUGCUGAAGAAGCUGACGAUUGAACAAAGUACAACUCAACAUCUUGUGUAAAGUGUUACUACUACUGUUUAAAAACAAAGUCUUUAUGGUAUACUUUUAAAUUGUGUUGCAUCAAUAAAUCUUGUUUUAUUUAAUACCAUUGUACUGGUUAAGUGUAGUGUGUGUAGCAAGAUUGUUGCAGAAUUAGCCUCCUACUGCUCCAAACAAUGUAGAUCAAAAUGUAGGCUGCAACAUACCUAAUAGUAGAAACUACAUUUUAUGAUUUAAAUGUCACUCGUUAAUUUAGGGUUUCUAAAUGUUCUCAGCUUGUCUGAGAAAAUUAUCAAUUUAGACUAAGUCCCAAAGAGACUUUGAUGAAAAAGAACUUUAUCAGUCCCAUUAUGGAAGUCAUAAACUCUGAUUUCAUUGACCUCUAGUUCCCAAAACAAAGAAAUGAUAGAACUGCUGAUAAUUAAGUCCAAACAUGUAUUAACUACUACGACAAACAAACAAUAAGCAACAAAAGAAAGUGAAUAAAUGAUUGAAUAAAUGCAGAUAAACUAGUAAACUGUGAUCUUCACUGGAAGCAGAUGAUAGAAAAGGUGAUGAAUUUAGAAUUACUUUGAAAAUUGGAAAACCAAUUGUAAUUUAUAAAAUCACCCAUUUCGCAGAAGGAAAGUGAUACUUGCGUAGCCUUUGUAGUAGCAAGAGGGAGGCCGCUGCAGGAUGUGGAGUUGUGAUGAUCUGCUGGAUGAGUUGGCUCAGAAAGGCAGAGACAAGGAGACAUUUUGGCAGGUUUGUAUUGCAAAAGUGUGCCAAAGUAAAACCACCGAGUCAAAGCCCAUAGUUAUCAAGAAAAUAUUUGUGCUGUCGUAGUUUCUAAGUAAUUCUUAAGCCAGUUGUACUCUUCUAAGAGACAAUUUUUCUAAGAUCCCCAUGUUGUACAAGCCCAUUCUUACAAGCCCAAGUUGAAUUUUUCUAUUAGCCCAAGUUACAUUCUUCAAAAAGCCCUCUGUUGCAUUCCAGUGACUUUCCUCCUUAUAGAAAGUUUUGCUCAUAAGGAAUCUCCAGACUUGCUCUUGCAUCGCUGCUAGAGACAAAGAGUUUGAUACUUCUUCACUGGCUGGUGAAGGAUAGAAAACAAUACAUGUGCUAUGGUUUCCAUUCUGACAGGUGGGAGGUUCAUGUGUCAUGUUACAUAAAGUGACGAGUGGCAAUGUGACCAUUUAUCUAUCAGAAUAAAUGUCAGUUUAAAUAACAUGUUGAAACCAUCUAUGGAGAACCCUGUGGUAUGUAGACACUCAUGGUCAUUAUAAAAUGACCAUGAGUCUGCAUUAUUAAAAGCUACAGCUCAGUUUUUCCAGCAGUUAUUCCUGUUUUAUAGGAAAUCGAGACACUGACAGCAGAUUUAGACCCUUUGUAUCCCUGAGUUUUGUUGCAAUCAUCAGCACAACUGCUUUCAUCAACAUGUUUGUUGGAAUGGUCAUAGCUAAGAAGACGAUUCUCAAAGUAUGGAACAAGGAGAUGCCUCCUAGUUUUGAGGCUUGGCUCAGAGUUUUCG